CAAUAUAUAUAUGUAUAUAUUUUGCAGUGGCAGCACCAAAUAAUUAAGAUUGAGUAUAGAAAGUUGAAUCAUGGUGGUGAAGGUGUACGGUGAAGCAAGGGCAGCAUGCCCUCAAAGAGUGAUGCUGUGUCUGUUGGAGAAAGGAAUAGACUUUGAACUUGUGCCUGUUCAUCUUCAACAGGGACAACAUAAGACACCUCAAUUCCUUCUCCUACAGCCAUUUGGACAAGUUCCAGUUGUGGAAGACGGUGAUUUCAGGCUCUUUGAAUCAAGGGCUAUUAUAAGGUACUAUGCAACAAAAUAUGCAGAGCGUGGUAGCGACCUAUUGGGCAAAACCUUAGAGGAAAGGGCUUUGGUGGAGCAAUGGCUUGAAGUAGAAGCACACAACUUCAAUAAUUUGUGCUUCACUAUAAUGUUUCAACUUGUGAUCCUACCAAAGAUGGGUAAGGUUGGGGACUUGGCCUUGGCAGAAAAAAGUGAAAAAGAUUUAGAAAAGGUCCUUGAUGUGUAUGAAACUAGGCUCUCUCAAAGCACAUACCUUGCAGGUCAUUUUUUCUCUUUGGCCGAUCUCAGUCAUCUCCCAGGCCUUGCACAUCUUAUCGAAGAAGCCAAACUUGGCCAUUUGGUCACUCAGCGGAAGAAUGUCAAUACAUGGUGGCAGAAAAUUUCAAGUAGGCCAGCUUGGAACAAGUUAAAGGAUCUCACUCACUGAUUGAAACAGCAAAUAAUUUUUACUUCAUACUUUAUUAUAUCCCUUGCUCUAUAUAUAAUGUCUGUUGUAAAAUUUGUCUGGGAGAAUAAGUUCAAGUCACGUACCAAGUAUGUCUUGUUUUGAAUGAUUGAAACAUCUAUCGUUAACAAAUUCUUAUGUAACUUA